AAAAUAACCUUAAAACUUACAAUUAUAUUUUAAAUAUUAAUUUAUAUGUAAAUAAAAUUUUAAAUUAAAUAAUAAUAAUGGCAACAAGUUCUUCCACAUUUACAAGAGAUGUUUCUCCUGAUAUGUUCGAAGAUACAAAUUCAACAACAAAUGAAGAUGGGAAUGAUCGGACAUGGAGAGGAUGUACAAUGAAUGAUAUAUAUCAUAAUACAGGUCCUUUUGAUUGGGAUCCCGAGCCCAUAUAUCCUUCAAACGAUCAUCAAGUAUUAUUUAUGAUGCCAUUACCAGAAAAAGGUCCUCCAAAACCAAGAUGUACAUCUGAAUCGUAUUGUUGGAAUCCUGAUUAUGUUCGAAUGCCGUUUGCCAAACAAAAUUUAUAUCCUGUUUCCAAUGGAGAAACAACAGUAUUAAAAAAUCGAUGGACAUUAAUAAAAGAAGCAUUGUCACAGCCAAUAUAUUCAAGUAAUGAUUUGCAACAAAGGAUAUUCGCUUACAAUAAUAAAUAUGAGGACCGGUGGCAAUUUCACACACUUCAUCAUUUUUUCAACAAUGUGCUAGAUGAAGAUGAAAAUGAAUAUUUUUUUGAAAAUAUCAUGCCUAAUAUUGUAAAAUUAGCAUUACAAUUACCAGAAUUACUACCAUCAUCAAUUCCAUUGUUAAAAAAGAAUAAAACACAUGCGAUUAGUUUAACACAAUUACAAAUUGCUAGCUUAUUAGCGAAUGCAUUUUUGUGUACUUUUCCAAGACGCAAUACAAAUAAACCACAGUCUGAAUUUGGAAGUUAUCCAUUGAUCAAUUUUAACAGAUUCUUCCAGGCUACUGAAAAGCGUGUACAUAGUAAUUGUAGCAAAUUACAAUGCAUUCUAAAUUAUUUUCGACGAGUUACUACAAAUCCUCCAGAUGGUGUAGUUACAUUCCAAAGACGAUACUUAAAUCAGUUUGAAUUACCACAAUGGCGUAAAGCUGAUCAACCUUUGUCAUCGCUACGUAUUCAUAUCGACAAUAAAGGAACAAUUGAAGAUGGCUUAGGACUAUUACAAGUUGAUUUCGCUAAUAAAUAUAUUGGAGGAGGUGUUCUUGGAAGUGGAUGUGUUCAAGAAGAAAUCCGUUUUGCUGUAUGUCCAGAGUUAAUUGUAUCUUGUUUAUUUACUGAAGAAUUAGAUCCAACUGAGGCGCUAACAAUUAUAGGUGUGGAACAAUACAAUACUUGGACUGGUUACGGUGAUACAUUCACAUGGACCGGUAAUUACAAAGAUACAACACCACGUGAUAUCUUUCGACGUAGAAAAUGUUAUUUAGUAGCAAUAGAUGCAACACGUUUUUGUCGGCCAACUGAACAAUAUAAUAUUUCACGUAUUUUAAGGGAAUUGAAUAAGGCUUACGUUGGAUAUUAUUCACCUACACAAAAUAAACCAAUACCAGCUGUUGCAACAGGAAAUUGGGGCUGUGGUGCAUUUAGAGGUGACCCUUACCUAAAAUCACUGUUACAAAUAAUGGCUUGUCGACUUGCUGGACGGGAUAUUGUUUAUUAUACAUUUGGCAAUACUUCGUUGCGUGAUGAUUUAUAUUCAUUAUUUACUGCGUUGACAGAAAAUAAUAUUACAAUUGGUACUUUAUACAAUUAUUUUAUUCAAUUCUCUGAAUCGAAAUUACCUGGAUCUUCUCUAUAUACGUUUAUUUUACAAAAUAUCAACAAUACGUUUACACCACCAGACACAAAAUCGUUAACACAUUAUUUUUCGAAGAAAAGGCGAAAAGUUAAUUCACCACCAAAGGAUCCAAGAAUAAAAACUAAGAAUGGCGUAGAAAAUAUUGUUGUAGAUGAAAUAUUUGAUUCAGUUGUACUAAAUAAUGAAUUAUCGUCAUCACAAACAUCAUCAACAUCACAUACAGAGGAUGGAAAUGUUGAAAUGAAUUGUAAUUUAAUUCCUUCAUCAAGUGAAGAUUCAAUUUUACUUGACAAAGUAAAAGAGUUAGAAAAUCAGGAUGUCAAUUUUAAAACAAAUUCGGAUAUUAGUACUUCAUCAUCUUCUAUUGGUGAAUCAGUUUUGCUGGCAAAAUUACAAGAAUUGGAAAGAAACGAAAUGAAAGUAGAUGCUUCAUCAUCUUCUACAAAGAUUGGUGCUUGUGACACAAAUAAGAUGGAUGUUGAUAUUAAAUUCGAAGAUGGUUCUAAUAAAAAAAAAGCCAGUUAA